AUGUCUCUAGAAGAGUUUUUCAACGAUAAUUCGUUGGGGGACUCUGUCUGGAAUGAAGAAGAUAUCAACCUGGAGGCGAUUUCGUCGCCACUAACAAAUACGACGAGUAUUGAUGUAUUGAAACAUACACCGAUAAGACUAGCGACUCGUGGAUCCGAAGAACCAUACGGUAAUUCUCCUGGUGCCACUCAAGGUGGGUUUCCAGGCUCUGCACAGGCUCAGGGCCCACCUUAUAUUGUUAAGUUCGCCCAUUUGCCUUCGCAAUUUACUGGGCCCGAAAUCGAGGAUCUUUUCCAAACUAAAUGCACCAAGUUCAUCAAGUUCAAACUGUUUUGGGAGCUCAACAAAAAACCAUCUGUUGGUGCCGCUUUGAAAAACUCUAGUUUUUUUGAUCUCAACUUCACACGCGACUCUAAAGUCGCUUUUACGGAGCUGUACUCCGCUCGGGACAUGGAUAAGAUUUUGAAUAAUUGGACUGAGCCUUUGCGUGAACUUUACGAUAUUGUUGUUACCCCGGCUGAUUUUGCAGAUUUCAAACACUAUAUUGAAAAGACUAAACAAUUGAACGAAGCGGAUGAUCCCGCCAAACCAUUUACUCCUAAAAAAACUUCCACCAAGUCACAAAGUGAUAAUCUAAAAUCCAAGUCAAAUCCAUUUGGGUCUGCUAAGCCUACCGACACUCAAUCCAUUACCAACGAUAUCGAAGACAAGUUCAAUAAGUUGCAUGUCGAAGACACGAAGACGCUCAGAAGACUAUCGAGUGAAGGUCAAGUAAAACCUGACAUGGGUACAUUUGAAGCUAAACCAAAACCAUUGAGCUACUCCGCUAUCUUGAAAAGGUCUGUCGAUGCUGCUGCUGCUCCACCUCCAGUUCCUCAAGUUUUAACUCCUAUAUUAAGGGAAGCCGAAACUAAUGAAGACGCUGUAGACGACAGUGAUGCCCAAACCAAUAAAGAUGAUAUAAAAGAGGAUGAAAACUUGGAUGAACAAGGACAAAAUUCUGAGGGCUUCACUUUUAGAGACUCUAAUCACAGAGGUUACAGUGGAUCUCGCGGUCGCGGCUCUGGUCGUGGAGGUCGUGGCGGACGUGGUGAUCGUAGUGAUCGUGGAGGUCGCGGAGAUUACGGAGAUCGUGGGAGUUAUCGUGGUCGCGGAACUGGUCGCGGUGGGUACCCAAGAGAUGGGGAAUCUGGUCGAAAGUACGACGAAUCGCGUCCUAGAGGCGGCAAAUUUCAAGGAUCAAGAGAUGAAAAUCCAUACUCGGUUUUCCGUCCGGCUAGUGGAUUCUUGAGAGAAAGUGUGAACUCUACUGGCUCUAGAGGCGGAAGAGGCGGUCGUGGACACUCGUCUGGUGGCGAUCGUGGAUACUCUUCCGGUGGCGAUCGUGGUAGAGGUGGCCAUCGUGGUGACCAUCGUGGUGACCGCCGUGGGUUCACCGCAGUGUGA